CUUCAACACUCUAAUUCAUGAUGAAAUGUGGAAUAAAGUGGCUAGUGAUAUCCUAAAAACACCGUCUUUUAAAUCAAAUUUAGACAAAAGAAUUAACACAGAUAUAAUGUCGAUGAUCAAGCUACUGCCCAGUUAUGAAAAACUAUUGAAUAGUUUAAAAGAAAAGCUACAGCAUACCAUAAACUCAUGUCAAACUGAUGAUUAUGAAAAUUUGAUUCGAACACUAUUACAUCAUUCCAUGGAGAAUAUCCAAUCCCUGGAUGAAUAUCCUGAGCUUUCACUGCUGCUAAACUCAUCAUCUUCAUUGUCAGUGAAUGAAAUCUCUGAAUUAUGCAAUCGACUUGCCAUUGAAUCAAUGAAUUUCCAAGGUAACAAGGAGGAUGGGGAUGGGGAUAAAUGCUUGUCAAAAUGGAAACAUUUUCAUCUGUGUUCUUCACGUCCUAAUUCAUCACCGUCAUCUGAGACGACAGGCGGGAGCUCAUUAACUCUAUGUGCGAAGUCUUCAUCUACGUCAUCUUCGUCGUCCUCAUCUCCAUCUCGACACGGAUAUGCUUCAUCGAAAGGUAUAAAGCAAAAGAGCAAUGAGGAAGUUAAGCAUAACAUUAAGCAAUCAUUUAAACAGAAAGCCUUCAAUGAACAAUAUUUAAGAAAUUCUGUUGAAGACGAUGAUUUUCAAUGUCGUAAUAGUCUGUCAAAUAUGCAAAAUUCAAUUUAUUCAUUCAGUGAUGCUGAUUCAUCAUUUUCUGGUUAUUUUAAUAAUGUUGGAUUCACUGUAAUGAACCAAGAUCAAUUGAUCAGUUUAGCUAGUGCUUUAGACAGUCGUUCAAGUCGUUUGGACUGUCGUCAAAAAGCUUUGAAACAAUUAGUUCAUUUGCCGAUAAUUGAUAUACAAGCUUGUGAAGUGUGGACAUAUUUAAAUGACCAUGCUACUGCAACUGCUAAUGAUAAUUCAUCAUUGUUGCUGAAAAGAGACAACUCUUCAAGUUUAAUCGAUACACCUACUUCUCACAAGUUACCUAAUACAUCAAAAUUCAAAAAAUCCGGUGCUGUUCAACGAUUCAUUACACCUGAUGAGAAUUUAUUAUCCAUGCAUGGUGACAUUGGUGAUUAUAAUGACAAUUCUAUGAAUACUACUAAUAACAUAAAUAGUAGUAGUAGUAAUAGUAGGGGUAAUAGUAUAAAAAUGAUUACAGCUGGUGGUUUAAGACGUGGCCUGGCUGAUGCAUUGAACGAUGAAGAUGACACAUUGUGGAGUCUUUCGUUACGGUAUAUAAGUAAAGGACUUUCUACUACUCCGCCGAAUAUUCGUGAAACCUACAGUCUUUUAAUUGAAUAUCUUCAAGUACAAUUCGUUAGAAAUGCACAUCAAUAUCCACCUCUUAUUGAUGGUAUCGAUUUUGAUGAGAGUCGUAACCAGCGUGUUUUAAGGGCGUGCUAUUUAAUGAAUAAAUUUCAUCAGACAAUUCCAUCUUAUUGGAUUCGUUAUUCAGAACAAUUUGUCAAUGAAAUUAUUGAAAAGUGUUUAGCCAUUCUAUGUAUUGGUUGUGACCAGUAUAAUCAUGAUCAGAAUAAUAAUGAACAACUUUGCAUAAUGCCAAUUCAUUUAUUCAGUCUUGUUGAUUGUGAUGCUAAAUGGUGUAUCCAAUCCACUCAUGGUGCCUAUUGCUGUAAUGCUUUGAUUAGUCAGUUGAAGAGAAACUCUGCACUUUUUGAAUUCAGUGUACGCGUAUGCUUAAUGUACAUGAAUAAACCUGCUAAUUCAGUAACAAGUAAGAAUUUACUGGCCAGCAAACAAGGAAACAAUCAUAAGAAUUACUAUUCUUACGAAGAAUUGGUUUACGCUUCAUUUCUCCAUUCUAUACAUCUAAUAUGUCGUGUUAUCUGCUUUUCACAUGGACGUAACUUAUUCCCAAUUGUAUUGAAAUGUAAAAAUACCGCUGCAACAACCACUGCUGCGACAAGCAACAACACUACAGGAACGGUAAACUCAGAUCAGUUUGUGGUUACAGUGAAUGUAUUUCUCUGCACAAUGUUACAAUUCCUGUACAAGAAUACAUUUACAACAGAAGAUAUACAUCUGUCUCAACAUCCGUUUACAGUGAUGAAAAAUUGUUUAACCAAACUUGCCACAUAUGAAUCAGUUUGUAAGAAUUGUUUUGGAAGUAUUACUAGCCUAGAAAAGAGUGAAAAGUUACAGAGCUGUAGCAUACGACAUCAGCAGUCAUCGCUGUCAUCCUCAUUUGAUUCUGAAGAUCAAAUAUUUAUCCGAUUGUUAGUUCAAUAUCUGUCAGAAUGCCUUUCAUACACGGAUACAAAACUACAGCCAGUUUUUGUCUGUAAACUGGAGGCACUUAUUGAAAUAUUAUACAAUAUAUUAUCGCAUAGAACUGGUCAAAUAAUGUGUCAAAAUUUGAUAAGCGAACCGUUGAACUUGAUCGAAAACUUGUUAAAUUUUGCACUGAAGCUGUUAAAUACGUCAACGAAAACUAUUAAAACUUGUAAUGCCAAUGAUCAGUCUUCCCAACAUCAUCAUCGUCUACUGAAUGUAGUUAUCAAAGUAAUUCAUUGUGGUCAAUAUGUGAUUCGACGUUCUACAAAUUUGCAUUUUGAUAGUGUGCAUCAAUUCAAUGCCAUGUUGGUCAGCGCAUGGCAUCAAAUAGUUAAUUUGCAGUCAACUUCGAAUGUUGACCCUAAACUAGACGAUUCAACAUGGGGAGAAUUUUUAUCAAAUUUAAAAGACUGUUUAAUUCAUUCACUUGGCUAUCCAGUUGGAAUUGAAUCAUUGAGCAGUGCAAAUUUAUUAACACGCUGUAUAGACUACUUACAAAAGUAUCUUACCAGUCAGUGUAAUAUAUCUUUUAUCAGACCGCAUACAUUUGGCUACUUGUUAAGUCAACUGGCAUUGAAUAAAUCUAGCCUACUGGGUUUGCAUAACUCGCAUAUUAUUGAACUAUUAGUCAGACAAGCCUGGAAAUCAAUUGAAUAUUUUGAGUGUACUGGUCAUACAGAGUUAACUGGGAAUUAUUCAUCCAUGCAGAGGACAUUUCAUCCACCGAUAUGGUCUAUUGAUCCAAUUGAUAAAAUAGCUUAUAAGCCUUUUAUCAAUUUGGUUCGAGUGACAACAUCAUAUGAAUUUAUACAAACUUUAAUGACAACCGCUCAGUUGAUUACAAAUAAAGAAAGUUAUAACAGCGUCACCGAUAUACCAACAAACAUCUCUGGAUUUCUUGACCGUGUCGUUUUCAUAAAUAAUGUGCCUAAACUUCAAUCACUAUUUAAUCCAGAACAGUGUCAGUUAUUCGGCCUAAGACUACUCUCCUGUAUAAUAUCUUGUUUGGAUUCCCUCCUAUGGUUUGAAGCCCACUGUAAUUUAUCCAAUUUCUUGCUAAGUUAUCAAAGUGAGAAAAGAGCUUCAGAUACAAGUUCAAAUGUUGUUUUUGAUGCAUUGACAAUUGAACGAAAUUACUUAUUAGUGAAAAUAUUCUUCAUCGGUGGACCAAAUGAACGUGAACUACCACCAAGAGUACUUUGUCAGCAUACAAAUCGUUUAUAUCCUUAUCCUAUUCUUCGAAAUAAACCAGCCUACAAUGAUCAUGUCUUUCAUGAUAGUUAUUCUGUCAAUAAUAAAACCGUAAAAAAGUGUGAACAAUCUCCCUGUAAGAAUUGGUAUACUGAAUUAUUUAAAGUACCACUACCACUGUUAAUAUGUGAUUUACUGCCCUCCGACCAGUUGAUGCUAAAGGAUACAAUUACAUCGUAUGAAACUGCUGUAGAAUGGAUGAACAAAUGUCACAAUAUCUUCAAAACUUCUAAAACUACUGUCAGUCGUGAUCAGAAGAAUAUUCAAGAGAAAACUAAAGAUGUAGGUGAUUAUCUGAAUCAAUGUCUGCUAGCGAUGAGUUAUUUACCUGAGUCGAAUACCAAUCUUCAACCGCUACCAAAAGUUAACGAAGAUGAUGUUAAAAAGUUUCCACUUUCAAAGAUGGAUGAGAUUGCUAUCGAUUGGACUAUACGUUAUGGUCAACGAAUUGGUUUACUGCAAAGAUCUCAGUCAAAUUACAGUGAAGAUUAUAAGUAUUUCUACGAGCAGCUGCAUAUUCUUAUGCGUACAGUUCGUUUAUCCUUUCAGAAAGAAGAUCAGUCGCCCUCUAGACAAAGAGACCAAGAUGAGCCAUUCGAUUGGUUUGUGGCUACAAUAUUUCUUAUAUACAAUACAAAUUAUAAAAGUGCUUGGAAUUUCUUAUCCAGCUUUUCUAAACUUCCUCAUUCCCUUUACCUUUGGCCUAACAGAUGCAAACAUACUAAAUUUCGUGAUGUCUUCUAUUUAAAAUCAUGCCAAUACUUUGAGCAUUUAUUAGCUAUUGAAUGCUCAAAUAUAUUCAGUGUAUUUGUCAUGUCUGAGAUUAGUCCAGUUCAAAUAUAUUUAAGAUGGACAAAUCAAUGCUACUGGAAUUAUUUUGAUUGGUUCAAUAUCCUGAAUUAUUUAUCCGUCUGCUUGCUGAAUCCAGUUCAAUUUCAAAUCUAUGUAAAUAUUAGUAUUAUAAAACAUCUUGGUCCAGCCUUACUUCAGGCUACAAAUGAACAACCGACUAGUCAAGAACAACAACAAGAACAGCUGCUAAUAUUCUUACAGGAAGAACCAAUCAGAGGAUUCGAUUAUAUCAAAUAUCUUUCAUAUAUGUAUCAAUUAGAUCAAAAGUAUACUAAACAACUGAAAAAUAUGAAUGAAUGUACCAAUGACGAUGCACAGAGCAAUCAAUAA